CUUGCUGUCAGUAAACUAUUUAUUUCUUUUAAGUUUCUGUCGAAAGCAUAAAAAUAAACGAAAUAAAUACAAUAAAGAGAUUUUCAACAUCAGUGGAAGAUGCCUUCAACAUUAUACAAAUGGGUGUUACUAGGUGGACGGGACCUACGCCGGGGUGUUCAGUUCCUUUGUGAACUCGACACCUCCAUGCGUGUACUUGUACAAAAUGGGUCCUUCUUGAAAAUGAUGUGAUCUGUUCACUGAAUAUCCGUGAAUUUGACUGGAAGAAAUGCCUUCCAAAGCAAGACCAAGUUGGUGAAUGCAAGUCCAGAAGCAAAUUUGUCAAAGCCUGGUCUAAAUAUGUGCCUAAAAGCAACUGGGUUGAAAGUGAUGGUGAGCGUGAUGUUUCGGACUCAAGCACUGAGCCAACUGAGCCAAGAACAAGAACUUCAGCCCAUGAGAUGAAUCUGCACCUAGACCAGUUUUUAGAGGACAAGCAUCUUGGUGUAUACGAUGUACAUAUUGAAAACCUCGUGGCACCUGAUAACUGCAGAGCAAUAAGACAUGUGGAUCCCCACCAUGUUGGAUUCCUUGCGGACAGUUUUGCAGAGACAAAAAUUGGCCAGCUGGUGGUGCUUCAGGGCAUGGUUUUGGAUAGAGAUGUUGAUCCUGCCACUCUGCACCAGCUUGGUGCAGGCAAGGUUGAAUGCCUGGGUGGGAACCACACCAGACAAGCCCUACAGACGCUGUACCAUGAGGGCCGCUGGAAAAAAGAUUCUGUCAAGGUUAAUGUCUUUAGAGAACUGACCAGGGAGGCUGCCCUCUCAUUGGGCUACCAACAUAAUGUUGUAUUACAUGAGAGGAAAAAAGCUGUCUCCUUCCUGGACAAGGUGCGCAUGAUGAGGCAUUUGCGUCCUGAGGAGACAAUGUCAGCAGCCCAGGUGAAGACCUGGAAGGACUCACUGAUAUUGGUGUUUAAAGCAAAGGACCGUAGGAAGCUCCAGCAGAGGUGGGCCCACCACCUUCUUAUGGCACAGCUGCCAGAUGAGAUAUGGGCAAAAGUGUUGAGGUCCACUCAACUGAUAGAUGUCAAUGAGCGAUUCUUUAAACAAAUGAUGAAACUCAGCCAGGCAUGCAUACCAAAAUGCUUGUCAGUUUUAGAAGAGAGUGGUCCAAAAGCAUUUAAUGUGAAAGUGAAAGAGUUCAUUGCAGAGAAUGAGUUAAGAUCAGGUCAACCUAAAUUGAAAACCCCAAGUCAGCCUCCCACUCCUCUGGAUGAAGAAAAUCGCGUAGAAUUUGAUGGUGAUGCUGAUCUGUUUGAUGAUAUUGACCAUCAUCAGCCAGACAUUCAACCUGCUAUAGAUUACAGACAGAAAUAUGAGGCUCUGCUGGUCAAACAUGAAAAUUUGAAGAAGGAGAUGGAAAAUGUAAAGAAGCAAAAAAGGGAGGAACAUGAUUUCCAAGUGGGUGAAGCUGUUCAAGCCAAGUGGACGGAAAAGGGAAAGUCAACAUGGCUAUCAGCCAAAGUGAUUGGGAAAGAUCUUACACUGGAUGUUGAUUGGGACUGUGACAAAAAGGUUUCCUCGGUAUCACCAAUCCAUCUAAGAAGGUUAUAAGACAUCUGGCUACAUCUACUAGACUUAAUUAUCUGUAAAUGAAAUUUAUUUUUUUGAUUAUGAGAUGUCAUUACUGUGCUAGAGCUGUUUUGAUGAUUAAUGCAUGAGUCUAUGAAUCAUUUUUGUUUAUUGACAUAGAAGUAAUUUUUUAUCAUUACACCAACUUCUGAUAAAAAAUAUUUUUGUUUAGAUAAUUUCAAGACAUUUGCACAUCUGAUGAAACACUAUUUCACAUAACCCUGGAGUUGUUGAGUUAUUAUUAUUUUUGAUUCAUUAAUUUUCAUUUAACUAAUUUUUAUCAUUACUUAGUUCUGAUAAGAAUUAAUUGAUGUAUUUAAAUAACGAUUUUUAUAAUAAUGCUUAAUUUAAUCAUGGUGUUGUUUAUAUAGCUAUGACAUCAAUAAUGUCAAAGAUUUUAUGUAUGAUAUUAAAUUGGAUUCAUUGAUUUUAUCAAUUUUUUUUUUAUUGUUGAAUAAUGUAGUAUGAAACCUUGAUGACAUAAAACAUAAGUGUAUAGGUUCUUCUUUAAGGCUGCCUUCUAACAGAUUGAACAUUUGACAAAAAACAUUGUCUUAGGAUGAGCCAAUUUAUGCGAAAAAUGCAUAGAAACGAUUGAUAUAAGACUCAGAUUGCAGGUUUUAAUAUCUUAUUCCAGAAAUUAAUGUUUUAGGCAUUUUUCUAAAACAGUUAGAAACACUUAUAGCCAUAAACAUUAUUUUUGAAUUGAAGUAUAAAAAUCUGCUUUGAUCUUUUAUCAACAAUCUUUGAUUACUGCUUUGCAGAUAUUUAAGCAAAAAUUUGCUCAGUCCAAGACAAGAAAUGAAAGAAGUCAAAAGAGCCAAAUUGUGAGAGAGCAGCUUUAAUGUCUUGAGUUGUUUAAUAUAUAUUUUAUAUAGCUAGAACUGAUUUCAACCAAAGUGUUUCAAACAUAAGAAACUUAAGCUUAAUGAUGUUCAAUCUGUGAGAGUGCUGCUUUAAGAAUUAAAGAAAAGUUUGUACCUGUAUUUAUUUGCAAGUUUGCCUCACCUACAACAUAUAACCUUUUUUUUAGAGUUUCAGAACCCUUAAGAACCCUUAUUCAAUAUUCUUACAAAGCAAUGUUUUUUUUUUAAUCUUUACAGGACAAAUGUCAUACAUAAAUGGAUUGUCAUUAUAUAAAAUAUAUAAUAUGCAUCACAAACUGUCACAUAAUAUGCUCAAUGUCUUUCACAUCAACUUUGUCUUUCAUGUGAAUCUUUAAAUACUCUAUGUUAACUGUUUUUGUCUGUAAUUAACUCAAAUUGAAUUGCUUUUAAGCUCGACUAUUCAAAGAAUAAGGAGAGCUAUCCUAGUCACCCGAGUGUCGGUGUCGGUGUCGGCGUAACCACUUAUGUUAAAGUUUUUGUAAGAGUUUGUGUACCACCUCAAAUAUUGACAUAUGGCUUUGAAACUUUGCACACUUGUUCACCAUCAUGCCCCCAACCUGUACACUGGAGGAGAUAACUCUAUCAAGCAUUUUGACAAAAUAAUGCCCCUUUUUUAACUUAGAAUUUACGUUAAAGUUUGCGUACCACCUCAAAUAUUUUCAAAGUCAAUUGACAUCUGGCUUUGAAACUUUGCACACUUGUUCACCAUCAUGCCCCCAACCUGUACACAGGAGGAGGAAACUCUAUCAAGCAUUUUGACAAAAUUAUGCCCCUUUUUCGACUUGGAAUUUACGUUAAGGUUUGCAUACCACCUCAAAUAUUUUCAAAGUCCAUUGACAUCUGGCUUGGAAACUUUGCACACUUGUUCACCAUCAUACCCCAACCUGUUCACAGGAGGAGGUAACUCUAUCAAGCAUUUUGACAAAAUUAUUCCCCUUUUUCGACUUGGAAUUUACGUUAAAGUUUGCAUACCACCUCAAAUAUUUUCCAUUAAAUUUAUGUAAAUAUCUCAGCACAUCAUGCAUUGCAUUGAUAUUCAAUCUAAAAGUGAUCCCUGCAUGUUUCGCCAAAACUUUUCAAUCGAUACACCGAAAAGCGGCGGAAUAGUCGAGCGCGCUGUCUCUGAGACAGCUCUUGUUUAUGCACCGUUAUGAAUUUUUUUUUAUUCUUAUAUCUUUUGUACAUUAUUAUUUUUUUCAAUUGAUAAGAUAUAAACUAUUUAAAAAAAAUUACAAACCAAACAUUUUCUGUAAUGACAUUUAUUUUUAAUUUAAGUUGUUAAGUUGUCGAACAGUUUUUAUCAAAUCACUACCAAACAUUUUCUCUUUGACAAUUUUUGUUUUGAUAUGAUUUUCAUGGUUUCUACUGAUUAGAAAUGGUGUUGAUAAACUUUCUCUUUAGACAUUAUUUGUCAAGUUUUAAGCUUUUAUUGUUAGGCAUUUUACCACAUCCAAUUGUUCGGACGACCGAACAUUUUUUCUUUGGACAUUUUUGUCUAGUUUUUAGCUUUUAUUGUUAAGCAUUUUGCCACAUCCAAUUGUUCGGACGACCGAACAUUUUCUCUUAGGGCUAUUCCAGUAAAACAUAUGUCCCACCCCAGGAAGGCACUUUCAAAAUGGACCAUCCCCCUUCUGAAGUUUAUUUGAUGAGAAAAGAACCCCCUUUAGAAUAUUUUUUGAGCAAAUUCGGACCCCCUUGAGAAGUUUAUUUUUUUAUACGUCUAUAUGCAAAGAUUAUUUGCAAUUACUCUUUUGUAACUCUUUGAUCAGGUGAGCUAUAUAGGACCUUAUAGCUCACCCUAGUUUCUAAGCCAAUCAUCACCCAGAGAUUUUCAAAUCUUUGCUCGAAUAGGUUUCAUAUAAGAUCACAUCUGCAUCCAAUAAGUUAAUUAUUAUAACUAGGUCAACAGACAUGGCGCGCGCCAAAUGAACUUCGAGCAGCCAAUGGGCACGCUGUAUACGGCCUUGUUCGAUGAUUGGCUUAGAAACUAGGGUGAACUAUAAGUCGGUUACAGCUCAUGUAAUGGAA